GAUGGAGGAAAGGGAGGCGGGGAGGGCGAAGAAAAAAUGUCCUGCAAAUUCUUUCCCUGUGAUGCUUCCUGAUGUGAUCUCCGUGCUCGUGUACCUGCAGGAGGCUGACGGAGGGGUGCAGGUGUUAAUAUAUGGUGAUGAGGGGCCGCUGCGACUCCCCAGAAAGAAGAUAGGGGGAGAUGAAGAGGGGGACACCAUCACCACGACAACGAUCAAGGCGCGGGACACCUCACUCACAGCCUUGGCCCAGAGCAUAGCGGCGGCGGCAGCUGGCCUCCCCCCGCCCCCCAGGCUGCCACAGCUGCUGCAGGUGACCAAGGUGUUCGACCCCCUCACGGCACGCCAUUACCAGCACUAUGUCUUUGCCUUCCCCCUCGACGCUGUGGCCUGGAGCAAGGUUGAGGUCGGGCCCGGGCUGCAGAAGACUAGCCUGGAGAAGCUGCGCACAUCCUCCGUGGAGCGCCGCGAGGUGGUGGGGCUGGUGGAGCGCAUCGCCUGUAGAGUGCCAGGUGCGCAGCUGAGGGAGGUGAGUCCAGGGAUGCUGUGGCAGGGAGGCGACACAACACAGGCGCAUGAGGGGGCCGCUGAGGGACAGACGAUGGAGGAGCUGCUGAGGUCGCCAGGAUACAGAGAACAAGACAUCGAGCUCAUCUUUGGGGCGUUCGUGCGGUACAGUUACCCCUACAUCACCGCGUGCUUUGCCGACGUGAAUCAGCUGUUGAUCGACCUGGGCUGGCUGGGGAUGGAACGGGACAUCUUCAGGGCCCUGGAUAGACAGCAGACUGGAGAGCUUUCCCUUGAAGACUUCGUGCAGGGUAUAGUGGCGAUGGACCCCAUGACGGCCCACGGCAAGCGACCCGGGGAGAUCAGGUCGCGAUACAUCUUCAAAGUCUAUGAUCGGGACAAUGACAACGUGCUGAAGGAGGAGGAUGUUCAGCGCCUGGUGAGGGACGUGGCAACAUAUCAAGGCCAGGACCUCACCACUGGGGUCUUCAAGGAGAGGACAAAGGCUGCCAUGGAGGUGUUUUCCGCGUCCGAGAGCAAAGCCGUCAGUCUGGAGUCCUUCCUCUGCGCUAUCGGGACGCUGCAGUUUCGCGGGACGUCGCUGCUGUUCCGCGCCUCCACUGCCAUCAUCCCUCACCUGGUCUGCAAGUACGGACUCAUCAGCGCACGCCGGAAGAGCCAGCAGCGGGACUCCCUCAGCAAGAGCCAGGGGUCGCCGCGGAGCCUGAAGCGACUGAGGAAGGACGCCAGUAGCCCGGUCCCCUCCACUAACAACACUACCAACGACUCACCGAAACCAGAGAACAACCACACUGCAGAGGACGGGAAUGGCGAUAAAAGAGUCGAUGGUAGUGUUGGCAUAAUGGAGGUGGACCAGGCGCCGAUGGAAGCCCACAUGCAGUCUCUAAGCAGCAACUCCCAAGCCUCCAUUCCCUUGAGCGACGGCGCGUUCCAGAGCCCUGCUAGCCGCCCUUACACCCUCGCACAACACACUGUCAAGGUCCGACGGUCCGGCCAGAUCAUUGAUACACAACUUCUCCUGGACAUGGAGCGCGCCGGCGAGGUCUCGGACACUGGGUUUGAUGUCGAGGAGUCCCCAAUACCCCUGGACAAAGCAGCAAUGGUCUCAGCUAGCAGGACGGCACGGCAUUUCGAUCGGUAUCUCUCAGUGGACGCGUUCAACACCAAGUCGCUUCCGAAUGAGCUCGUCUCGGCGCUACGCUUCUUCGAGCACGGCAGGAAGGAUAAGCCGCCUCUGGAUUGGGGUGAGGUGGACCUGGUGAAGCUCGGUCAGUAUAUCAUCUCGCUCUGUGCUGGUAUUCGUGCUAUCUUCGAAAGCGAGCCGAGGAUGUUGGUUCUCAGCUCCCCCUGCUACAUACUAGGCGACCUUCAUGGGAACUACCGGGAUCUCAUAUGUUUUGAGAAGGCGCUAUGGAGGAUUGGACCCCACCUGACGCCCUCGAACUUCCUCUUCCUGGGUGAUUACGUGGACAGAGGAGAGUUUGGGAUCGAGGUGGUGACGUACCUGUUCGCCCAGAAGCUGCAGGCGCCCACCAAGUUCUUCAUGCUGCGAGGGAACCAUGAGGUGCGGGACAUCCAGAAAGUGUUCACCUUCCACAGGCAAUGUCUCAGUAAAUUUGGGGAAAGCUUGGGACAGAGUGUUUGGGAGGCCGUCAAUAAUGCGUUUGAUCACAUGCCCCUCGCUGCGGUGAUUGACGAGCAGAUAUUUUGUAUACAUGGCGGGAUUCCAAACAUCGAGGGCGGCCUGAGCGAGUUGGAGAAGAUCCCGUGCCCGCUGCGGAACCCCGAGGUCGAGAGUGACUUAGCGUGGCAGGUCAUGUGGAACGACCCCAUCGCGCCAGAGGACAUCACCGACACUGUGGUGGAGCAGCUGUCCCAGAAUCACGGGUUUGCCCACAACGCCAAGAGAAACACGGCCUGCGUCUUCAACCGCACGGCCUUUGUCAGUUUCCUGCAGAAGAACGGCUUGACUCACGUGGUCAGGGCACAUGAGGUCAAGCAGUCGGGCUUUGAGAUCCAGCAGGGCGGCCAGCUCAUGACGGUGUUCUCGUCGUCCCACUACUGCGGCGGGAGCAACGAGGCCGCCUGCAUCCUCCUGGACAACCGACGCAUCCGGGCGAUCAGGAUAGAUACAUCGUGAGGGGGCCGGAAGGUUAUGUCGUACUGGGAAAGCGUUACAUGGUACAAUUGCCUUUAUGUUCUGUUAGGAAAAGUCUAUGUGAGGGAGGUGGAUAGAUAGGAUAGAUACGUCAUGAUGGAAGUGGAUGUUUAUGUCGUACUGGGAAAACGUUAUAUGGUACAAUUGCUUUUAUGUUCUGUUAGGAAAAGUCUAUGUGAGGGAGGUGGAAGACUAUAUUUUUCUUGUACAUGUAAAGUAUCAUAUGGUACAAUUGC